UCGUUUCGCUACAACGGACUAUCAGUGGUCUACUUCCUGUUUCUGCUGGCUGUGCCGCUGCUGCCCAACCCCAGUCUGCUCACCAUGAAAGGUAGAACAGGUCAGUUCCUGCGCUGGAUCUGCUACACCUGUGUCACCUUCCUCGCCCUGCAGUGCUUCAUGCAGAUCCCCUUCGCCUACAUCAGUCCUCUGGUCAGUGGCCACUGGGAGGACUUCCUCUACCAUGUGGGCAUCAUCAGACUGAGCUCCGUAGACCCAGGGAAUAUUGUGCGCCUCCUUGCCCCGGAUGUUGGCCUGCUCACGUCCACCAUCUUCAUGGUGAGAGUGAGUAAGAAGCUGCUACGUGCCGCGCCUCAAGUUAACCUCCACGAGAAUGGGAUCCCACCGUCUGACCCCGAGGAGCCGGACACAUCCGACACCGAGUCCGAGGCGGACAGCGAGAGUUCCGGCAGCUCGGACCUGAGCACGGUGCCGCUGACGAGCAGUCCGCCUCAGUUUGUUGAGAAGCUGCUGAUGUUUGCAGUGGGACUCAGGCUGCUGUUGUCCACCAUCAUGAACACGGCCGGGAAGGUGGUGGUCACCUUGCUGCUGGGCCUGGCAGGUAUAAUCCUUCCGUCCCUGACCUCCAGCGUGUACUUUGCCACCUUCCUGGGACUGGUGUGGUGGUGGAUCUUGGGCCGCCCCAUCAGUCUGCUCCUCUUCAGCUCCCUGUGUGUGAUGAUGGCCAUCUUCAGCGCCGGCCACCUUCUGGCCAUUUACGUCUACCAGCUGCCGCUGUCCCAGCAGGUGGUGCCGCCUGACGACAUCUAUGCCAGGUUGUUUGGGAUGACGGGAGUGAUCCGGACCGACAGUUCUGAGCCGUACGUGCUGCACAUGCAGCCCCGUGUCAGCUGGCCUGACUUGGUCAACCCUCUGGUCCUGCUGCUGCUCUACUACACGCUGCUGGCGCUCAUACGCAAGUGGGCGCUGAUCACACAGCAGGACAAUGCUGAUAAGAGUCUUCUUGACACUCAGGUUGAUCCUCCAAGCUUCUCCAGAGUGGUUUACAUCUCAGGAGACCAGCAGGAGCUUUUGAACAACACAGAGGAGGAUAUGUAUCUCCCUAAUGAGCCAAUGAUUUCACUGAGGGCACCAUCUUGGCAAGACAUGUGUGGACACCACCAAGGCAGCCUGCUAGGGGGCGCUGGCUACACCAACUGUUACCCUCUCUCACAAUAUGACUCUCCUGAAAGCCCCGCUGACCUGGACCUGGCUGACCUGGACCCGGCUGACCUGGACAGGACUGACCAAGGCUUGGAGAGUCUGACGUUGAGUUCUAGUCCUCAAUCAGGACCCAGUGGUCUGGUGCUGAUUGGACGAUUGGUGCAGAAACACAGCUAUGUCAGUGCUCUCAUCAUCAUGAUGGUGUGGAGUAUCACCUACAACAGUUGGCUGACCUUUGCCCUGCUAGUGUGGUCCUGCAUCAUCUGGAUGAUGCGUGACCGUCGCCGCUACGCCAUGAUGUCCGCCCCCUUCCUGGCCGUGUACGGCACCGUCUUGGUGGUGCUGGCCUUCCUCAGCAGUCUGCGUCUCAGCCGGGCCGAGUUGUACCCGGGACUGCCCUCUGCCGUGGUGGAGGACUUUGACCUCAACAGCUACCACCCGGCGCCCUGCAUCCACCUGGGAGCCAAGGUUUUCUACUCCUUCAGUUUCUGGCUGAUGUUUGGUCAGCAGCUGAAGGAGCGCCAGGAGGAGCAGAGUCUGAAGACCACAUCUGUCCAACCAGAAGAAAGCCAGCCCUCAGCGAUGGUGGCCAUGCUGAUCUCAGGAGUGAAAGGAGUCCUGGUCAAGUACUGGAUCCUCUUCUGUUGCUCCAUGUUCUUUGUGGUCAGCUUCUCAGGAAAGGUGGUGGUCUACAAGAUUCUCUACAUCGUCCUCUUCCUCUUCUUGGUGGUGCUCUACCAGGUGCGUUUUGACCUGUGGCGUCGCUACCUGAAGAACUUCUGGGCGGUGGUGGUGGGCUACUCCAUGCUGGUGCUGAUCACCAUCUACAUGUACCAGUUCAGGAGCGUGUCGGCGCUCUUCAGGCAAAUCAUGGGCAUGUCGGAGGAAGGCCUGCGGGAUCUGGGUCUGGAACGCUACGACACGGUGGAACUGUUCGCACGCAUCCUACUUCCUGCUGCCUUCCUGCUGGCCUGCAUCCUGCAGCUGCACUACUUCAACUUGGACUUCCUGAUCCUCUGCAACCUGGAUAUGGUUCCUGUCAGGGCCGCCAGCAGAGAAGAGGAGCUGAGAAGUUGUGUCCAGCUGAUAUCUGACAUCAUCAAAGAAAACAUUGACAAGUUCCAAAAAAGACUGGUGAAGGAGAGCAUGAGCGGUGCAAGAAGUCAGGAGACUCUGGACAUGGUGGACCUGCAGACCACCUCAGAGAGAGGAGAUGAGGAGAAGGAAGAAGCUUUGAGCAGCGGAGGUGAGGACAAGUGGCUCCUGAUUGUGGACCGGGCUGGAGUCUUGCUCAUCCAGGCUGUGCUGGGCCUCCAGAGGCUCCAGGAGCUCAGCUGGAGAGUAAUGGAGCUCCACGGCUUCAAGAUGGUGUCCUCCGGCAUCAUCUGGGUGUCGCUGAGUGAGGUUUCUCUCAUGAACUCGCUCUUCCUGGUUCUGUGGGUGUUUGCCAUCCCGUUCCCACGGUUACGACCCACGGCAUCCAGCGUGUCGGCCGUCUGGGCCUGCGUCAUGGUGGUGUGCAAGAUGUUCUACCAGCUGAAGCUCAUCAAGCCUGAGGAGUACUCCUCCAACUGCACCUCCAGUGUGCUGGCCUCCAACUCCUCCAGCGUGGAGGUGGAGGUGAGGAAGAAGACGGUGGAGCUCCUGAAGAGGUCCAUCCUCUACAUGGAUCCUGUGGAUCCUGUCUUGUGGUGUGGAGCUCUGGUCAAGUGUGAGGGGAGGAUCCUUCCCUGCCUGAGGAACCAUCUGCUGGUGCUGGCUCUGCUGGUGUUUGAGGCCACCGUCCAUCGCCACCAGAUCUACUUCCGUCUCCAUAACAACCUGAAGGCCCCGCCCUUCAGCAUCAUCUUCCAGGGCGUGGGCAGGCAGCACAUGGAUCUCGGCGUGCGGCCCUGCAUCAAGUACUUCAUCAACUUCUUCUUCUACAAGUUUGGACUGGAGGUCAGCUUGAUCGUGGCGGUCAACGUGAUCGGCCAGAGGAUGGACUUCUACGCCUUGCUGCACUCCUGCGCUCUGAUGGCAGUGGUGUCACGGCGCCGCAGGAAGGCCAUCGGGGAGGUGUGGCCUAAGUACUGCUGCUUCACGGCGGGCCUGAUGGUGCUGCAGUACCUGCUGUGCAUCGGCAUCCCUCCUGCCCUCUGCGUUGAUUACCCAUGGAGGACUUCACUCCAUCCUCUCACCUCCAACGUCAUCAAGUGGUUUUAUCUGCCAGACUUUGCCAUGCGUCCUAAUCCUUUAUUCAUAUUCUACGACCACCUGCUGCUGCUGUGCUCGUCCUUACAGUGGCAGGUGUUUGAGGAGGAGAACCGGGCGGUGGUGCGACUGCUGGCAGGAGAGAAUGUGGAGAUCAGUCGCAGUUUGGACCCCAGCAGCUGCAAGCAGUUCAUACCUGUGGGCAACUUCCUGCACUGCAGGUCCUACCUGGACAUGGUGAAGGUGUUUGUGUUCAGCUACUUCUUCUGGCUGGUGCUGUGCCUGAUCUUCAUCACGGGCACCACGCGCAUCAACAUCUUCUGCCUGGGCUACCUGGUGGCCUGCUUCUACUUCAUGCUCUUCGGCAGCAGCGUGCUCAUGCAGCCCGUCAAGUACAUCCUGCGCCUGUGGGACUGGCUCAUCGCCUACACCUGCUUCGUCAUCGCCAUGAAGAACGUGGUGUCGCUGGGUUCCUGCGCUCUCCUGGACACUUUGUUGAAGAACGGCUGCUGGUUGAUUCAGGCUUUCAGCAUGUUCUGCACCAUUAAAGGCUACGACCUCCCCGAGCCGGAUGAGGAGUGCGAGCUGCCAGAGGGCGAGGCUGGCAUCGUGUGGGACGCCAUCUGUUUCACCGUACUUUUAGCCCAGAGGAGAGUCUUCCUCAGCUACUACUUCCUGUACGUGGUGGCCGACCUCAAGUCGUCAAAGAUACUCGCCUCCAGGGGUGCCGAGCUGUUCGAGGCCAAGGUGAAGAAGCAGGUGGCGGCCCGGCUGGAACUGGAGAAGAAGUCUGUGGAGACGCUGAAGAAACAGAUGGAGAAGAUCAAAUCCAAACAGAGAGGUCGGCCGACAGCGACGGACAAUGAAGGACUUCCUGUCGAUCAGAAGACACUUGAUGCAGAAGACAAGGCUAAGAGAGAUGCAGGGAAAUGGUGGAAGCCUUGGGUCUCCAAGCCUGGAGUGGAGAACAACUGUGGCUACCACCUGUUUGAGAGCGACAGCGAGGAAGAGGAGGACCAAGACGCUCCAGAGAAAAAAGACCAAGAAGUGCCUCUGAAGAAGAAAUCUGCGUUCCAGCUGGCCUACGAGGCCUGGAUCACCAGCUCCAAGGCGGCCUUGAAGAACCUGAGCAGGGAGAAGAGGAGGAUGAAGAAGGAGGAGAAGAAAAGAGCCAAGAGAGAACUUCAAGCACAGCAGAGUGUGGACAGAGUGGACUCGAGUGAAGAUGAACUGGAGGAGAGCACCACCAGGGACAAGGUGGAGGAAGAGAAAGAAAACAUCUUGCAGCGGCUGGUCAGCACUCUGAGGUUCCUGCUGGUGUUCCUGCAGUCUCUGGUGGACGACCUGACUCAGAGCCUGAACUCCCUCUGCAAAGAGAACUUGGACAUCUCCAAAGUGUUGCUCCUGGAGCGAGCUCUGCUCAGCCAGCAGCAGAAGAAGGGCAAAGAGGUGAGCCAGGAGAGCGUCAAGCACUUCUACGACAGCUGGCUGUCACGUCAGAACACCUUGUCGUCGCCAGCAGACGUAGAAGAUCCGCCCGCGCCUGCGCUGACCUCCUCACGCCGCGCCUACGCCCGGCUGAGGAAGCAGGCCUCCAAGACGUCCUGGGCCAGCAGUGUGUCCAGCUGUGGGACGGAAGAGACCAUGCUGGGAUCCAGGCAGCCCACCCAGGAGGAGCUGGAAGAACCUGCUGCUGACCGUCUCAGGAGGACUCUCUUCAGGUCUGCUCAUGUGGACUGGACCUCCUACGAAGACCAUGGACUCUCUCCAAGCGUGUGUGAAGGAACCUUUCACCAAUAUGAAGACAGGAAGUUGGAUGGAGAGGAAGGUCAGGGAGUUGAUGAUGAUGAUGUUGAUGUUGAUGAAGAGCUGUAUCAUCUUGAAGAAGACUACCCAGAAUGCACCUGUGUGGAGGAGGCAACUUUCAAACCUUUAAGUCAGGAAACCAGGAACCUGACUGCUAGUGAACUGCUGCUCAACAAAAUGUUUGAGAACGAGGAGAUCUCCGAGUCGGACAAGUUCUUCCUGAGGCUGCCCAGGCCUCUGAAGCUGACCUUUGCCCUCUACAACACCAUGGUGUCCAAGUCUGAGAUGUUGUGCUACUUUGUCAUCAUCCUCAACCACAUGGUGUCUGCCUCCUUCCUCUCCUUCGUGCUGCCCAUCCUCAUCUUCCUCUGGGCCAUGCUGUCUGUGCCCAGACCCACCAAGCGCUUCUGGAUGACUGCCAUCAUCUACACCGAGCUCAACGUGGUGGUCAAGUACUUCUUCCAGUUCGGAUUCUUCCCCUGGACCACCUCCGCCUACCGAGGCAUCAACGCCGAGCGCCCCUUCGCCCUGCCCAACAUCCUGGGCGUGGAGAAGAAGGACGGCUACGUGCUCUUCGAUCUCAUUCAGCUGCUCGCGCUCUUCUUCCACCGCUCCAUCCUCAAGUGCCACGGGCUGUGGGACAACAAGGAAGUGGAGAUGCCAGACUUCUUCAAGAAGCUGAAGAAGAAGGCGGACAGGAAGAAGGCGACGGGAGGAGAGAAGAAGGAGAAGGCAGGCCGAGGUCUGAGGUUCCUCCCUCUGCAGUCCUCCACCACCUCCAUCCUCAGGAGGCUGAAGAAAGCCGACUCGGCACAAUCUGACGGUAAGCCCAAGGCGCAGAAGAAGAAGAAGAAGAGACAGAACAAGCCUCCUCUGACCAGGAAGCAGAGGAUCAGGCAGCAGAUCAAGGAGAAGAUGUUGCGAGCUAAAACCACCGUCAUAGAAGUCGCCCUGCACAUCUACUUACCCAUAAGGCAGUUCUUCUAUGACAUCAUCCACCCAGACUACAGCCCCGUGUGUGACGUCUACGCCCUCAUGUUCCUCAUCGACGUGCUCAACUUCAUCGUCACCAUCUACGGGUACUGGGCUUUCGGGAAAUACUCUGCAGCGGCCGACAUCACCGAGUCCCUGUCCGAGGACCAGGUCCCUGAGGCCUUCCUGGUCAUGUUGCUGAUCCAGUUUGGGACCAUGAUUGUGGACCGAGCUCUAUACCUGAAGAAGUCCCUGCUGGGCAAGUGUGUCUUCCAGGUGGUGCUGGUCUUUGGGAUUCACUUCUGGAUGUUCUUCAUCCUACCUGGAGUCACUGAAAGGAGGUUCAACCGCAACCCGGUGGCCCAGCUCUGGUACUUUGUCAAGUGUAUCUACUUUGGCCUGUCUGCGUACCAGAUCAAGUGUGGCUACCCCAACCGCAUCCUGGGGAACUUCCUCACCAAGAACUACAACUACCUCAACCUCUUCCUCUUCCAAGGCUUCCGCUUGGUCCCCUUCCUGACCGAGUUGCGGGCCGUGAUGGACUGGGUGUGGACCGACACCACGCUGUCCUUGUCCAGCUGGAUCUGUGUGGAGGACAUCUACGCCAACAUCUUCAUCCUCAAGUGCUGGAGGGAGUCUGACAAAAAGUUCCCGCACCCUGCAGGUCAGAAGAAGAACAAGGUGGUGAAGUACGGCAUGGGAGGUUUCCUCAUCUUCGCCCUCAUCUCCAUCAUCUGGUUCCCCCUCCUCUUCAUGUCUCUCGUCCAAUCAGCAGCCGGCGUCACCAACCAGCCUCUGGACCUUUCCAUCCAGCUCAGCAUCGCAGGGUACCAGCCCUUAUUCACCAUGAGUGCACAAGAGCAGAACUUGGUUGCCUACUCAGACGCUGGAUUCAACCGACUCACCAAAAUCUACGCUACCUACCCGGGUGCCAUGCAGUUCCUGAUGAACUACCAGGCUGAGGACUUGGUAGUUGCCAAGAUCAAGAGUGAUGCUAGUCUGUUGUGGACCGUCAGUCCUGCUAGUCGCCAGGACAUGAUCCAGGAACUAAGUACUUCUCCUCACGUCUACAUCACGCUACGAUGGACCCUCUACAGGAACGCCUCCAUCUGCAUGCAUGCCAAGAGUGCAGGGGAGCACACUGUCAAGUAUGAUGACCACACCUUCAAGGAAGGAAUCCUGCGCUUGCUCAAGGGCGACAACAGCCAGCACCUGGUCAUCAACUCUCUGCUGCCAAAGUUCCUGAGGGGACCCAAAGGGGCGGAGUCUAAGAUGGCCACCAGGAUGGACGUGGGGUCGACGGACUCCUUGUCCUUCUUCAGACCUUUGACCUUGUCACUGCAGAAGGUCAACAGCUCCUCCCAGCAGGAAGCUGACCAAUGGUGGCUUCUGCAGGAGUGCCCGCCCCCUCCCCUCUUGUCCAAUCACAAGUGUCGCAGCAUCCAGAUCACAGUCUUCAACGACAAGGUCAGCCCCGCCUCUCUGGGCUUCCUGGCUGGACACGGCAUCGUGGGUCUCUACAUGUCGGUGGUCUUGGUCAUCGGUAAAUUUGUGCGAGAGUUCUUCAACGGCAUCUCCCGCUCCAUCAUGUUUGAGGAGCUGCCGUGUGUGGACCGCGUCCUCAAGCUGUGCACGGACAUCUUUGUGGUGCGCGAGACGGGCGAGAUGGAGCUGGAACACACGCUCUUUGAGAAGCUCAUCUUCCUCUACCGCUCGCCAGAGACUAUGAUCAAGAUGACCAGAGAAAAGAAGGACAGCUAGCGAGCUAGUUAGCUACGCCACACCAACCUCCAACUCUUUGUCUUACCUGUAAUUUAUUUGUGUUACCCUCUUCUUAGUUUCAUGUACCCUGUUAACUUUGUUUGUUACUAGCAGGUAACGCGUUACCAUUUUCUUGGUGUCAUAUUGCUAACCUAAUAAUGAUCUGGUACUAACAUGUUACAACCCUUGUAGUUACAUGUUACUAACCUGAUACUGUGUUACUAAAAUUAACUUGGUACUAAUGUGCUACUAUCAUGUUAGUUUCAUAUUACUAAUAUGUUACUUUAAUGUUAUUAACCUGUAAAAGUGUUACUAAUGUUACUUACCUGUCACUUCUGUUAACCUGUGACAUGUUACUAACCUGUUACCAGCAUAGUUUUAUGUUUGUAACCAUGACUAACUUUUUAUUAACCCGUAACAACGUAGUUAGUUUCAUGUUUACAACCAUGACAAACAUGUUAUCAACCUGUAACUUGUGUUAGUUUCAUGUUACUAAGCUUUUACUUUCAAGUAACUAACCUGUUGGUUGUAUUGGCCUGUUAGUUGUCUGUUAAUAACUUGUAACUUCAGUGUUACUAAGAUGACUAAGUGAUUGCAUGUGUGUGUAAUACUGGACUGCUGUCUGAAGGAGUCCACCUUGGUCACUCUGUUCUUAAUAAAAGUUAAGGAU